CGGGUUAGCAGCGUACACCAUAAGAUCCAUUCUGGAACCAAUUUGUUUUGUUCAUAUCGGAUAAUGUCGUUAAGUCUUUAAACCUGGAACCUUGUUUGGGUUUUGUUUCCGCGUUCCUAAACAUCCGCGAUUUAACAUGUUUAAACACAUUUUUGAAGUUCACUUCCUCAUGCAUGGCAGCGAUAAGGAAGUGUUGUGAAUCUUCUCUAAGCAGAAACUGCAAGCUCAAGAAGUUAAACAAAGGAGUGGCUAUAGUGGGCGUGUUACCGUGAAGGCAGGUGAUGUAUAAAACUGUCCCAGCUCUCCCGUCCCAUUAGCUCAAACUAAGUUUUACAAUGGGAAGAACUCUCUUAUUAUGGAUCUUGACACUAUCAGUCUCGCUUGGUCUUUCAGUGGGGGGCAGUACUCUGCUGGACGGAGUCAAAGAAUAUGAAGUGGUGAGACCCCUCAGACUUCACACACGACACAAGAGAGACACUGAGAUGUCAUGGCCAGAUGUUGUGAAAUAUGGGAUGCAAGUGGAAGGAAAAGACAUUGUGAUGCAUCUUGAAAAGAACGAGGACCUGCUUACCAAAGACUACACUGAAACCCACUAUUCUGAUGCAGGGAAAGAAAUUACCUCCACCCCUCAAGAUCUGGAUCACUGCUUCUACCAUGGACACAUACAGAGUGAUGACAGCUCCGUGGCUAGCAUCAGUACCUGCAGUGGGCUAAGAGGUUAUUUCCAGACUGCAGGCCAGCGUUAUCUGAUAGAGCCCCUGUCUGAGGAAGACACCGGUGACCAUGCUGUCCUGAAGUAUGAGAGUCUGAAUGAGACACCAGCAGUCUGUGGAGUGACCAACACCAGCUGGGAUGAGAACUACCCUUCUGUCAGCAAAGUGCGCUCCAGAAUUGCGGGGCCAUCUCUUAUGCAGCAGCAGAAGUACAUCGAGCUGUUUGUAGUUGCUGAUAACAGAGAGUUUAUCAAAAUGAAGAACAGCCUAACAGAUCUGAGAAAGAGAGUCUUAGAAAUAAUCAACUAUAUCAACGUGGUGUACCAGCCAUUAAAUACCUUUAUUGCUCUGACUGGGCUGGAGGUGUGGAAUGUCCAGGACAAAAUUAAUGUGACAGCACCAGCUGGACAGACGCUGGACCGGUUCACCAACUGGCGAAACUCUGACCUGAUAAAGAGAAAGAAGCAUGACAACGCCCAGCUUUUAACUGCGAUUGACUUUGAAGGUGCUACCGUGGGAUUAGCUUUUAUAGGAACUCUGUGUUCUGGCCAUUCCACUGGAGUUAUCCAGGAUCACUCUUCAAACGCCAUUGCUGUAGGGGCGACUAUGUCGCAUGAGAUGGGGCAUAAUCUGGGCAUGAACCACGACACCAGUUCCUGUGUCUGCAAGGACUCCACCUGCAUCAUGACAGCUGCCCUAAGUUAUUUUAUACCAAAGUACUUCAGCAGCUGCAGUGACACGAGCUACGACUCAUUCCUGAACAACCGAAAUCCAGAGUGUGCCUUAGACAAACCGGACCCGCAGGCUCUCGUUUCUGAUCCAGUGUGUGGCAACGGUUUUGUGGAGAAGGGCGAGCAGUGUGACUGUGGCCCAGUGGAGGUACGGUACUUUGAUGAUGGUGGAGAUUGUCUGGACACAUGGGGCCAGUUUAGAAGAAUGCCUAUCAUAUCGCCAGCCAUCGAAUGCAGAGGAAAGAAAGACGAGUGCGAUUUGGCGGAAUACUGCACAGGCAAAUCUCAGUGGUGCCCAGAGGAUGUGUUCACUGUCAAUGGGGUGCCGUGCAAGGGAGGUCAAGGGUACUGUUACAACGGGCAGUGCCCACUGUUCUUAGACCAGUGUCAGAGGGUCUGGGGGACAGGUGCAAAAGUGGGGAGCGACUUCUGCUACAACCAGAAUGUACGUGGGGUGAGCUAUGGGUACUGCAAACGCAUCUCUGGAAGCUAUGUGGGAUGCCAGAACAAGGAUGUGAAAUGUGGCAAGCUGUUUUGUACCGAUGGCAAUGGAGAUCCCACAAUAGGACGUCUGGUGCAGUUCGUAAACUGUAAAGGAACCCUUUUCGGAGAUAAUGAAGAGGAUAUGGGGCAGGUGGCAACAGGCACCAAGUGUGGAAAUGGACUGGUCUGCAGCAAUAAUGAAUGUUUGGAUGUUGAAAGUGUCUACAAAUCUGCCAACUGCUCGGCCAAGUGUCGAGGCCAUGGGGUGUGCAAUCACAGACUGGAAUGCCAGUGCGAACCAGGCUGGCUGCCUCCUAACUGUGACAAAACUAGUGAUGAUAACAGGCUGUCCACAGACCUUUUCGCAUACGGUAUGCCUCAUGGGGUCAUCAUUGCUAUUGUGGUAAUCAUCUGCGUCAUAGUCCUGAUUGUCAUAGUUGCAGUCAUUCUCCUCUUCAUGCGCAAACAUAAGAGGGCACGUCAACUCAGAGCUCCAUCUUAUCAGAAGGCCCCUGGAGUGACGAAUCCAAAUUUCUCUGCACAGCGGUUAGAGGUGACCUCUGACCUCCAUAACAAUAGCCCGAAUCCUAAGAGAGCAGCACCUCCACCUCCCCCAGUUGCCAUCAAGCCAGCAACUGUGCCUUCUGCCCCCCCGGCGGCAUUCAACCACCCCAAAGCCACACCUCCCCCUGUGCCAGCCUACAGCAAAAGGCCUACAGCCCCUCCUCCUCCUUGCCCCUCUUUGCCUGCUCAAGUGGCCAGACCCCCUCCUCCUCCUGUGCCUACUGCUAAACCAGGACUUUCCCCUGCUGAUCUCCGAGCAGCUCUUAAACCUGUACAAAACCCACGAGUAUGAGCACUCCCAACACAGCAAAGAGAACGACUGAAUCUUUGGCUCCCUAUUGUUGCACCCUGAAUCACUCCCUGUAGACUGGUCUUGGGGCAUCCUGGCUUCCUACUCCUGGAGAGACAGAUCUCAGAUGUAUCUCUAUGGGAGUCCCAGUUGGCAGGCUUCCUUCACUGCCUUAAGUUCACUGAAUCCAUGUGCAAUUUAAUAUAAAAACUUGGUGGUUUUAGGGUCCUUCACUAUUUUAGGCUAGAAGAGGUCACAGAAUUUGAUUUUUAUUAUGACAUCACAUUUCACAUUAUAUUUAUUUUCUUCUUUGCCCUAGUUCCAUUUAUAUUGUUUAAGGGACUGUUCAAUGUGAGAUGUGUAGUAUAAUGAGACCACUUAAAAUUAUUUAGUAUUUAGAUUUUAUCCCACAAAAAUGUAUGCAGAAUAACUGUAAAAAGAAAAAAGGACAAG